AUGGGUGUUACCGGUGGAUCUCAACAGCGCGGUGGAGUAUCACAUAUACAAAGAAAGAAGUGCCUUGCUUGUCCUCCAAUCAAAGGAAACAUGACCCUAAAAGCAGCUCAUGAGCCUAGCAAACUUGGGUGCCGUGGAGCUGAAGUUCAUCAGUGGUGCACAAAGCUGAAGAUUUUGGACACCUUUUCCUUCACUCAGAUCAAACACGAUCAUACUGCUUACUCCCUGGAAGACAACAAGUUGUGCUCAAGGCAAGUGCUUCGCUUGUCAACUCCACUGUUUGUUGCUGGAAUUAUCAAGUAUGGAGAUAGGACUUGGGUUCUCAUGUGCUCAACUACCAAGAACACAUCAGAAACUUUCACGCAGCAGCUCCUAUGUGGGAACCAAGGAUUGCUCCUCGGCAACAUCCUCCUACUGGUUAAUUACCUACAUCAAGCUGCUUACUCAAAGUUCAUAGAGGUUGAGCUUGGAUUUAUUGAUUUGAAGGGCAAGGUGGAGAUUGGGUGGAAAGGAUCCAAAUUGGCCUUGAGUUCGUUGAGGAAGACAUUGGUGAAGAAAAAUUUUACGAAAGAAGUGGAGGUUCAGAGUGAGGGUUGCUAA